CUCGUGCAAAUUGAAUUUCUGUUAUGGACGAAUAGUUUGAAACUGAGAAGGCAAAGGAAGGUUUUCCAAAAAUGUACAACUUAUAGUUGUCGGUCUACUGCUAAUGCAGAUUUGGGUAAACGCGGCAGGUUAUUCCAGUUUAUAGGCUAGGCCUACAUUGGGCUACUUUAACAUGUAUUCAAAUGUUGAACACGAUGGGACCAUUUAUGUUAGAGAGAAAGGUGAACUGCACUGUGUAAACAAUGCUCGUGAGGCUGGAUAUCCACCUGUAAAAAGGAAACCUACAAGACUAUUUGAGAAGGACUUUUCUGUUCAACUGUGUAUAGACAAUGUAACUGCCUCUUGCUCUAAGAGGAAAGAUCACUUCGUUUUCACGUACAACAGUGAAGGCAGUUUACGAUAUACUGCCAAAUCUUUAUUUAACACCUGCUUGCUUUAUAUUGCUGAUAACGUCCAACACAUCGAAUCUCUCGUUGGUUUCCCUGAACAAAUGGCUGACAGACUAUUUGCAGCUGCUGAAGAAAAGCAAAAAUUCUCAAAUUCGGAGACUGGGCUAAGGGCUCUGCAGGUGUUUUGUGAAGCCUAUGGGGAUCUUGUGCUUAGGUCAUUGUGUUUGAGAAACAGGUUUUCUUUGUUGUCUGAAAAGUUGGAUGAAAUCAAGAUAUUUCAAAGUCUACAUUGCUUAGACCUUCAUGGAUGCAAGUUGGGAGAUGGCCAUGAAAUCUUUGAACAUUUGACAUCUGAUCAAUUGGGCAGCAGUCUCUCCCAGUUGUCAUUGGGAGCAAACUGUCUGUCAGACCCUGGCCUUCAGAAACUAACUGCACCAGUUAGAGUGAUGAAGAGGGGGCUUCAAAAUCUCAAACUUCUGGACCUGAGCUACAAUCCUAUCUCUGAAAGGGCAGUGGGAUACUUGGCUUGCUUUCGGAAAUUGCAAGGCCUUGACUUGUCAGAAACGCUUAUCAAGGCAGGAAUGUCCUUGAAUAAGCUCCUGUGGAGUAAAAUGAGACUGGUUCCCUCGGAUAGUCCUGUGGCAGUAUUUAAUCACUCCUGCUGUAAAACAGAGGGCUGGGCACAGGAGGUCGUAAACCAGUGGGAAGUGAAUGGUGCUAAAUUGCCAGAGAAAGAUAUUAAACCAAGGACAAAUGCUCUUCGUUUUUAUGGGAGGGAGAGGUUUGUGCGAGAGACUCUGAAUUCCACUCCCGUGGUAUGCAACAAGUCCGAUGAUGUGAUUUUGAGGCUGCAGUUCUACAGACCUGCACUGCAAGGAGACAUCGCUGUGGAUGCGGACAGCAAAACAGACAUGCCAGCACAAAAAGGCACGAAAAGAAAACUGUCCAUGGAGAAUGAAAAGGCAGCUGUGAGCAGUAAGAGUUCAAAGCGCCAGUCUGUGUCCUCAUUUUCUGCUGAAGACUUGGACUUAUUGAACAGCUACUAAUACCUCCAUAAGUGAACUUUUACAAGGCGUUGUAGUUCAAUUUCAGAGCUAAGAUUUUUUUUAUUAGUAACAGAGCAGAUUAUAUUACAAUUACAUACAGUUGAAUUUCUGUUUUAUCAUAAUAACUUUCAUUAUCUCAUUAACAUGCUCCAAAUAAGUUAACAACCACUUAAAGUUAUAAAAUGUAUGUCAAAUUUGAAAGAAAACACAAUAGAAAUUACAAACAAUA